AUGCCCGCCGUCCAGCCACCAGCCAAAGUCCUCGUCACAGGCGCGAACGGCUACAUCGCCGCCUGGCUCGUGCGCCUCUUGCUCGAAGACGGGUACAGCGUGCGCGGGACCGUGCGCAGCGCGGCCAAAGGCGUGUUCCUGGAGAAGCUGUUUGCGGAGUAUGGAGAUAAGUUUGAGAUUGCUGUGGUUGAGGAUAUCACGAAGGAAGGCGCGUUCGACGAGGCGGUUAAGGGCGUGGAUGUUGUGCAACAUACGGCCUCGCCGUUCCACUUCAACUUCUCGCAUCCCGAUGAGCUCAUCAAACCCGCCGUACACGGCACAACCGGCGUCCUGAACUCAAUCAAGGAGAACGCCCCGAACGUCAAACGCGUCAUAGUCCUCGCCUCUUGCGCAUCCGUCCUAACGUCCACGACCGACCCCGCGAUCUACGACGAAUCAUCCUGGAACGAGCCCGCCGUAGCCGAAGCGGCUGCGAAAGGCGGCAACACGCCCCUCAUGAUCGCUUAUCGGGCCAGCAAGACGCUCGCUGAGAAGGCGGCGUGGAAGUUCGUGGAGGAUGAUAAGGGAAGCAUCGGGUGGGACUUGACGGUUGUGAAUCCGCCGUUCGUCUGGGGUCCUCCGAUUCACGAAGUGACGUCCCUCUCGAACCUCAACACGUCCAUGCUCGAUCUGUACAACACCCUCACAGGCAAGAAAUCGUCCGAAGUGCUCACGGGUCCAGGAAACGCAUACGUCGACGUACGCGACGUCGCGCGCGCGCAUGUUCUCGUGAUGCAGAAGCCCGAUGCGGGCGGCCAGCGUAUCAUCGUCUCCGCGGGGUCUCAUUUCUGGCAAGAGCUCGUUGAUGUGGCUAACGAGGUGGACCCGUCGUUGCCAUUUAAAGGAGAGGCGGGUGCGACGAAGGGGAAACCAUACGUUAUACAGUACAACACGGAGAAGAUGAAGCGCGUGUUGGGGCUUGAGUGUCGGUCGUUGAAGAAUACGAUCAAAGAUUGCAUGGAGUACUUCGACGGGCUGGAGGGCGCCGCCUUGAAGUAG